UCCGAUCUCAGAGCCCAGCUCCAGUGCUUGUAGCCCAGAACCCGCACAGCCCCGACGCCGGCUGGUCCUAGCGCCGAGGUCGCGGUGCAGCCGCGUGGUGGCGCCCCCAGCGGCCGCAAGCCGCAGCGCUCCUCCGGCCAGACUAGGCGCCGAACGGGCAACGGGACGAGCCGUUCUCGCGAGAACAGGAGAGCUAUUUGAGCGCAAGCGCAGAUCGCUGUCUUCUCUUCCGGUUCCCGCAGCCUCUCCAGCCAUGAGCAGCAAAGUCUCUCGCGACACCCUGUACGAGGCGGUGCGGGAGGUCCUGCACGGGAACCAGCGCAAGCGCCGCAAGUUUCUGGAAACGGUGGAGCUGCAGAUCAGCCUGAAGAACUACGACCCCCAGAAGGACAAGCGUUUCUCGGGCACCGUCAGGCUCAAGUCCACCCCUCGCCCCAAGUUCUCAGUGUGUGUCCUGGGGGACCAGCAGCACUGCGAUGAGGCCAAGGCCGUGGAUAUCCCCCACAUGGACAUCGAGGCGCUGAAGAAGCUCAAUAAGAACAAGAAGUUGGUCAAAAAGCUGGCCAAGAAGUAUGACGCCUUUCUGGCCUCUGAGUCUCUGAUCAAGCAGAUCCCGCGUAUCCUGGGCCCAGGCCUGAACAAGGCUGGCAAGUUCCCUUCCCUGCUGACACACAAUGAAAACAUGGUGGCCAAAGUGGACGAGGUGAAGUCCACGAUCAAGUUCCAGAUGAAGAAGGUGCUGUGUCUGGCUGUCGCUGUCGGCCACGUGAAGAUGACCGACGACGAGCUGGUCUACAACAUCCACUUGGCUGUCAAUUUCUUGGUGUCCUUGCUCAAGAAGAACUGGCAAAAUGUCCGGGCUUUGUAUAUCAAGAGCACCAUGGGCAAGCCCCAGCGUCUUUACUAGGAUGCCCCAAUAAACCUUCGUGCUACUCUA